AUGGGGAAUCGAUGGGAUAAGAAAAUCGAUAGGUUGGUUCGUCGAUUAUCUGUGGUAGUAACAGAACUGGGGGAGGUUCGGAAGCAAGCUGAAGGGAAGGAGGAGACGCAGGAGAAUGCUCGCAAGGAGAUAGCAAAUGUAAAGCGAGUCGCGGCUCGAGAGCGAUCUCAGCAAUUGCAAGCGCUCGCUGACCUACGGCACGCCUCUACAGAGAGGAUCGCUGCGCUCACUGCGAAGUGUGGGAAGUUGGAGGAGGCGGUAGCUCACGAGGAAGGGCGCAAGGAGGAAAUUGAAAAGCAACGUGAGCGAGUCGUCGCGAUGGAGAUUGUCAUUGAAAGCUUGACGCAAGAAGGGAAGGAGCAGACGGAGGCCAACCGCUUGCUGCGGAAGAAUAUGCAAAUUUUAGAGGAGAAAUUAAGAACAGUUGAGGAGGAAAAGAAAAAGGAGAUCAACGUGGUGAAAUCGCAAGAAGCGGAGCGAACGAAGCAGCUGCUUGAGCGUAUUGGAGCCAUGGAAGGAGAGCUGGAGGAGAGGGAGGGUCGCUUUAGAGUUAACGAGGAGGAAGUGAAGACGGCGAAGGGUGAGGUGGAAGAGAUUAAAAUUGAACUGGAGAAGGUGUAUGCGGAAUUGUCGGGACUGAGGCGACAAGUGGAGUUAGAGGAGAAAAGAAGGGUAGCAGUAGAGGAGCGGUAUGAGAAAUUGAAGGGGGCUGAGAUGAAGAGUGUGAAGAGGAGGAGGCGGCUGAGGAGAGUCUCCGCUCCACUGCUGGAUGCGGCGGUUGGGCAUUAUAAUAAUAAUAUCAUCGCUGAAUUGAAGGGAGAGGUAACCGAUAUCACGGCACAGCUCAUGAAGACGAUCGGGCAGCUUCGGGCGAGUGAGGAGGGGAGAGAUUCAGUUGAAGUGAAGUUGGAGAGGGUGGAAAUGGAGUUGGCCGAGGAAAGAGAGAGAAUUGAGGAAAUGAAGGGAGAAGUGAAUACCAAAACUAGAGAACUUGCAUCGCUCCGCUCAACGGUGCUCGAUACGGAGUCCACCGCAGCCCGGGAGGCAGCAAAGACGGGCGUUGCUCAGCAGGAGGCGACGGAGAAGAUACGUAUGUUGGAGAUUCGCCUCACUAUGCAGGAUCAGACUUUGGCUGCUAUGGCCGAACAGUGCGACAAGUGGAGACUACAAAGCGAGCAUUCACAAUCACAAGUUUCCGCCAGAGAGUUGGAGCUGAACUCCAUGGGGGUUUCGCUGAAGGAGUGGAAGAGUCGAGCGGCGGAGCUCUCGGAAGAUCUCGCCACCGCUGGGGACUCAUUGGUUAACGCUGAGACUAACAUGCUUGAUUUACAGUUCAAAGUGUCCUAUUACGAGACUCUGCAGUGUCAGCAGGAGGCAGCUGUGGUUGUGGCCAGGGCGUGUGUUGUUGGUGUGUUGAGAGCUGCUGAGAAGGAGAGCGCUCGAGAGGCUGCAUCUAGUGCGGAACUACUCCGAUUAGCCGAAUGUGAGGCGGCCCGGGUGAAGGAGGAAGCUGCUGAGCUGGUGGUCGCGGUGGAGGGUAUGCGGCGUGAAAAGGAGGAGGUGGAGGGGCUUAGAGAGCUGAUGUUAAUCGAAGAAGUGUCGAGACUUGAGAUUUGUAUGAAGGAAUACAACAAAGUGAAGGUGGACUUGGACGGAGAAUUGGAAAAGGCGAUGGGGAAGAUUGCUGAGCUUGAGGCUGAGAUAGAGUUACUCCGAACAACCGGUCUGUGUGCUGAGCAGCGUCAAACGCUUGAGGGAGAAAUUGAAGAGAUGAACAGGACACUGCAAGAGGCCCUAGGGGAUCUGUCUUCCACUCGUGCUGAUCUUGAGAGUGCUACUGAGGAGGUUGGCCGGUGCCACAAGAUGAUGGAGCACUUUGAGAUGAAGGUUAUCACCGCGGCGGAUUCGGGAGGGAGGCAGCUCCCACAGAGCAAGAGGGUCCAUUACGUUCAGCAUCUGAGACCUCUUAAUGAGUACACGCCGGUCAUCAACUGGGCAAGGAGUCCCAUCUCCAGCGGCAUGUAA